UAUUAUUUUGGAAAGAUAAAUAAACUCACUUUAAAACAUAUUUUAUACCUAGAAAGUUGAAAGAAAGAAAGAAAGAAAGAAAGAAAUUGAGUCCGAAACAAGUCUCAUAGCUGAGUUGAAUCAAUUCAAUUCAGGAUCCAAAUUCUUCAACUUUUCACCAUCUUAUCCUCAUAUUGGCAAAAACUUGGCUUGCUUCUAUGAGCCAAAUCUUGUGUUUUAUGUGGCUUCAUAAUGGUAUUGAAGGGUUUUUGUGAAAGGAUUGUUGCUGCUAAAUGUUCUGCUAAAAGUUCAACCGAUACUGUAGAUAAUACUCAAGUGCCCGCCUCUUCAAAGGCAGGGUCUAGUGAUAGUAAGUUUCCCAAGGCUUCCUUAUGGUCAACCUUCUUUACAUCUGGUUUUUCAGUCGAUGAAACAUAUAGUGAAUCAUCCGCUUCUGAAAAGAAAGCAGUUUAUUCUCGAAAUAGCGGGUGGGCAGCUGCUGUGAGGAAAGUCGUUAGUGCCGGUGGCUCAAUGAGGAGAUUUCAGGAGCGUGUUCUAGGGUCAAGCAGGACUGACAUUUCGUGCUCUGAUGGUGAUGUGUGGCUUCUAGGCGUCUGCCAUAAAAUUUCACAGCAAGAAUCAACUGGAGAUGUAGAUACUCGUAAUGUGUUUGCAGCAUUUGAGCAAGAUUUUUUCUCAAAAAUAUUAGUAACAUAUCGAAAAGGCUUUGAUGCAAUUGAAGAUUCUAAGUAUACAAGUGAUGUUAAUUGGGGUUGUAUGCUUCGAAGCAGUCAGAUGCUUGUUGCUCAGGCAUUACUUUUUCAUAAAUUAGGCAGAUCGUGGAGAAAAACUACUGACAAGCCAGUUGAUAAAGAAUAUAUUGACAUCUUGCAACUAUUUGGUGAUUCGGAGGCUGCUGCUUUUUCCAUCCAUAAUCUUCUUCAAGCUGGUAAAGGUUAUGGUCUAGCUGUUGGGUCAUGGGUGGGACCAUAUGCUAUGUGUCGCACAUGGGAAGUUCUAGCUCGAAACCAAAGGGGGACAAAUGAAAUUGGAGAACAAACACUUCCAAUGGCUAUUUACGUUGUUUCGGGAGAUGAAGAUGGGGAGCGAGGUGGAGCACCGGUUGUCUGCAUUGAAGAUGCCUCCAAAUGCUGUUCUGAGUUUUCAAGGGGCCUAGUUCCUUGGACACCUCUACUUUUAUUGGUUCCCUUGGUUCUUGGACUUGAUAAAGUCAAUCUAAGGUAUAUUCCAUUGUUGCAGUCAACUUUUAAGUUUCCCCAGAGCCUUGGAAUCUUGGGUGGAAAACCAGGUGCCUCAACAUAUAUUAUUGGUGUUCAGAAUGAAAAGGCAAUCUACCUUGAUCCACAUGAUGUUAAGCCGGUUGUUAAUAUUAAUGUGGAUACUCAAGAGCCUAAUACAUCAUCAUAUCACUGCAAUAUUAUCAGGCACAUGCCUCUAGAUUCGAUUGACCCAUCUUUGGCUAUUGGAUUUUACUGUCGAGACAAAGAUGAUUUUGACGAUUUCUGUUCUCGGGCUUCUAAGCUUGCAGAAGAAUCAAAUGGGGCACCAUUAUUCACUGUAGCUCAAUCUAGGAGUCUCUCAAUGCAAGUCACAAGUAGUUCUGUAUCAGGUGACAACAACACUAGAUUUCAAGAGGAUGGUUCCCUUGGUAUGGACCUUGUCAAUGAUGCAGGCACCAAUGAGGACGAUUGGCAAUUCCUCUAACUGUAGAAGUAUGGCAGGGUAAAAAAGUUGUUGCUUGAUUCUCAAAACUAUUUACCACUUGCCGAGUUUGGUCGAUCCUCGACUUGUCACUUGCACUCUUCAAACGUUGUUCAAUAGGCUUGUAGAAAUUUGAACUCAUUGCGAUUCUUUGACUUAAAUCAUUUGGUCAUUUGUUCAUAUAGCUAACCAAGUAUUUGUUGUACAUUAAACCAGCUCGUUCAUAUUUGUUGAUGUACUCUUUUUUUGGUUACGGUGGUGUAGUGGAUAUUACUUUAGCAAUGUCAAAUAAGUGGCAGAGUAGUUCAUAUUGA